CUUAGCGGCUCUGGCUGCUUUGCACGCAGUCAGCUUUGCAAAGCGCGCAGUCAAAACUGCACGCGGCGCCGGGGCCGCGUGGUGGCCUGGACCACUUUCCCCCCCGCCAGUUCUACUGUCCGGUGAGACCCGCGGCUCAACCUCGGAGACCCGCGCGCCCCAGGUCCGGCCCAGUUUACAGUCCCUGGGGCGCCGCGCGCGGUCCCUCAGCGUCCGGCCGGCCGGCUCCUCCCCCUCCCCCGUGGAGACUUUUACUUUCGCUUCGGCUGAAGCCGCCCUAGACGGUCGCUGAGGAUCAGACGCCGCUGCAAGCUCUGGCCGGCUCGCCACCGUGGGAACGAUGGCGGAUGAUCAGGACCAUGCCUCAGAGCUGCGAGAAAAGGAUUUUCCAAGUACAGAUGUAGUUGAUGCUAAGCCAUGCCGAAAGUUUCCCUGGAGAAAGAAGAAAAAUUAUUCCACGAGCUUAGUCAAGACUACCUGGAACCAAGUGCCUGCAUAUUAUAACAUGAAUUUUGAGAAACUGGGCAAAUGCAUCAUUAUAAACAACAAGAACUUCGACAAAGAAACAGGUAUGGACGUUCGGUAUGGAACAGACAAGGACGCAGGGGCUCUCCUCAAGUGCUUCCGAAGCCUGGGUUUUGAAGUGACCAUUUAUAAUGACUGCUCAUGUGCCAAGAUGCAAGAUCUGCUUAAGCAAGCCUCUGAGGAGGACCACAGCAACUCAGCCUGUUUUGCCUGCAUCCUGCUAAGCCACGGAGAAGAAGAUUCAAUUUAUGGGAAAGAUGGUAUGAUGAUACCAAUAAAAGAUUUGGCAGUUCAUUUUAGGGGAGAUCGAUGCAAAACCCUGUUAGAGAAACCCAAACUCUUCUUCAUUCAGGCUUCCCGAGGGACAGAGCUCGAUGACGGGAUCCAGGCCGACUCAGGGUCGAUCAGCGACACUGAUGCAAAUCCCCACUGUAAGAUCCCAGUUGAAGCCGACUUCCUCUUCGCUUAUUCCACAGCUCCAGGCUAUUACUCAUGGAGGGACCCGGGAAAAGGCUCCUGGUUUGUGCAGGCCCUCUGCUCCGUCCUGGAUGAGCACGGCAAAGACCUGGAGAUCAUGCAUAUCCUCACCAGGGUGAAUUGCAGGGUGGCCAGGCACUUUGAGUCCCAGUCUUAUGACCUCUGCCGUAAUGAGAAGAAGCAGAUCCCUUGUGUGGUCUCCAUGCUCACUAAAGAACUCUACUUAGGCUAUCGACCAUCUUUCUACCUGCAAAGCUACGAGAGUUCAUUGAUGAGUCACUGAUGAAUCGGAUUACUGUUUUUAUUGUUUCCAGACUUUUUUUUAAUGUACAGUUUUGUUCAUUGGAUGAUUUUAUAAUUUCCUCUUAAGGUUAAGUUCAGUUCAUGUUUCUUUUGCCUUGUCAUCACACAUAGUACAUGAAGUAAAGUGUGGCCCUGGAGAAGACUGACUUUGGUAGUGACCUUAGUGGAGAGUCAGAGUCGUAUUUGAACUUGGCAAAGAGUAUCCCAGUUCUUGGCAGAAACAAACAGCUCAGAUGCUCAUUGGCCUAUAAUAUUUCAGAAAUUGGCUUUUGUGUAAUUUGAGUGAUUUUUUUUCCCCUUGGCUUAGGGCACAUAUUUCAUGCAACCUUCCCAGAUAAGUGAGAGGAGAAAAAAUGUAGUACUGUAAUAUGCAUCUUGUCAGGACCCAGUCCAGAAAACAUGAGCCAUUGUAGGUGUUUGAAUAGAGAGGAUUCAGUACAGGCAAUUUACUUAAGUAGGUAGUUUUUAAAAAGAGCCAAACACCAGAAGGCUGUUAGCACAGCUGAGGCCAUGAGGCUGUGAGAGGAGGUUGGUUUCCUGGUUAUCAGCCACGUAAAUAGGAACCCUGUUCAGGCUGCCUCCUAGGAGCUGGGACCAGGGGGAUCAUGGUAAACAGAGCCGUGGAAAGGACAAAGCCAUCAUCUGAGGUGCAAGCCAGAACAGAGUCAGACACCAAGACUUACCCAGGCCUCUUAGCUCCUGAGCUCACAUCCGGCACCAGCAUUUACCGUCCCAGGCAAACCUGAAAGCCAGCUGCUGAGGCCUCUGGAAAGUGAUUCCCUGAGACGCAGAGCAGAGCAAGGGACAGUGAGGCGGGAGGGAAGCCUGAUGCAUAAUGUGAAUUUAAACAGUCAUACUCUAGUAUUCAGCAGCUCGUUCAGGCAUCUGUUCAUUGAUUUGUUGGAUCAUCUGCAUAUGUGCUUCAAAAUCUUUUUACUUCAUGUACAAAAUAGUAUGUUUUUGUCUUUCAAACACACCUGGAAUUCUUUCAGAUUCUUUCCAAACCUUGUUUUCUGAGUAAUUCUUGUUACCUCUAAUUCUCUAAGUUUAGAGAUCUCUAAGAUUUUUGGCACUUUGUUUUCAAGGCAUAAUUUUUUUUAAUUCUUUAUACAUUCUUGUAAAUUUUGGCCUAAUAAGUUGUUAACAAAUGUUUCUAUUUUCAUAUUGAUUAAAAUGUGGUUCAUUAAUUCCUAACUGG